UUUUGGUAAGCAAUCUAAUCCAUUGCAGUCUUAUAAUUGCCAAGAGCAUGGCUGGACAAAGAACACACUUUAUCAGCUUUAUGGAAGUCCAUAAAAGCCGCAUAUUAACGGCCAAGUGCUACCCACCUUAGUUUUCACACAGCUGCCACGCUACACAGUCCAAAAUUGACCAUGGCACCAACAAAAUUACGUCCCAUUAACUCUGACCUGCGCCAAAUUGCACAAGUGGAGUUAAAUGAGAUAGAAACGCGUAUAGAAUCCGAUAUUGGGGCUCUUCGUGUCUGGUUGGCCAAGCAGCCACAUCUGAGGUCUCGCGAGGAUGAACAAUUUUUGGUUGCUUUCUUACGUGGCUGCAAAUACAGUCUGGAGAAAGCAAAGUCCAAGAUCGAUCAUUUCUAUACAAUUAAAACUAUGAUGCCGGAAUUGUUUGCAAAAAAUGUAAUGGACGAGAAGAACAUCGCACUCUGUCGAUCUGGUACAUAUGUAAGCCUACCCAAGCCACUGGGUCCAGGGGGACCGCGUAUUCAACUCUCAAAGUACUCCAAAUUUGACUCCAAGCUCUACAAGCUGAUCGAUCUCUUUCGCUAUCAGACAUUGCUGAUGGAGCAUCAGAUACAACAGGAUGACAACUGUAUUAUUAGUGGAUACAUUGAGAUUGUGGACAUGUCCAACAUGAGUCUCAGCUUCUUAACGCAUCUGGACUUUCCGCUUAUUAAGCGCUUAGGGGUGUUUGCUGAAAAAGGGGCUCCCAUGCGAAUUAAGGGCGUACACCUCGUGAAUUUCCCUAAAGAGGCGGUGGCAGUCAUUAAUUUGGCCAAGAGCUUGAUGCCAUCUAAGCUACAAAAGAGAUUCUUUGUGUACAAAAACAUUGAGGAAUUAUACGCUACCAUACCGCGUGAAAAUUUGCCUGAGGAAUACGGCGGCUCCAAUGGACGCAUUGCGGAGAUACAAGCGGAAACAGAAAAAGUACUGCUGUCCUAUGACCCAUACUUUAGGGAGAACGAUCAGUAUGGUGUUAACGAGCAGUUGCGACCUGGAAAACACAUCAGCGCCGAUGAGCUGUUUGGCAUUGAAGGCUCGUUUCGCAAACUGGAUAUCGAUUAGAGCGUCUAACAUUGAAAACAAGUUUUAGUUUUAAACGCACUAAUUAAAUGCAAUAGAAAAUCGUACGAUACAUGUAAAAUCUGUCUGUUCCACAAUAGCCCGGUCAGUUGCUAAAAUGUCGUUGCUUGACAAACUUCCUCCUCUCUUG